AACAAUUACAAAAUUCAGACAUGAAUUUCAAAAUUUUUACUAUGCCUUUGUUGAUUCUUGUUGCUUUCAACGUGCACCAGAUCUCAAGUGAACUUCAAGGAGAAAACAAGGAAGCCGCAAAUCUGAGACAUCAAUUUUGUUUUCCUUCGCAGACUUAUAAUAUUCCCUAUCCAUUUAAUUGUUUGAACUAUUAUGAGUGUAUUAAUGGUGUUUUAAAGAUAAAACUUUGCCCCGUUGGUUUCGCUUUUGACUGGAUUAAGCUGGAUUGUGUGAAAAAAGCUGAAGCAAUAUGUGCUACAUUUAUGGAUAAGCAAUUAAAUUAAUUAUUUAAUUAUUAUAAUAUUAUAUACUAUUCAUAAU